UUUUAUAAAUCUUAUUAAUACAUUUUAACGUAUAGUUAAUUAUAUUUAAAUAGAAUUUACGAAUUUUAGAAAUAAAAAUGUAAUUAACGAAUAUUUAUUUUUAUACGUUUUAAAUAUUUCAACGAUUUAUGAAAUUAAAAUAAUUUUAGAAUUUCAUGUUGAAAAUAAAUCGAAUUACAAAACCGAUUGAAUUUAGAGAACGUUCCUAAUCGAUUUUGGAAUGAAAUCCUAAAACUAAGUUCCUAAUUCUAGCCCACUUUGGUAAAGCCCAUUGUGAUAAACCUAAACCCCCAUAAUCUCAUCUCACGUGAAACCAAAGAAACAACAAAAGAAAAAUCUCUCUCCUUCAUCCUUCACCCUUCACGUGAACCCUCAAACCCUCAAACCUUGCAGCCGCCAGCCACCAGCCACCGCACACCGCCUGCACCACCCUCGCCGUCGGCGUCUCCUCCUUCGUCCGGUAAACCUCCCUCCUCUCUUAUCUCUUUCGUUCUCCUCCGUUCUCCUUCUCCUCUCACGUUUUCCUUUUCGUGAUUGGUUUUCCUUUCGUUCCUCUCCUCCUUAAUGCUCGUGGUUUUGUGCAGCAACCACCACCCACCUACGAAACUGACCGCGACAGCCACCGUCCUGUGUCGUCGCCGACCAACCAGCACCAACUUCGCAAUCCUUCCACACGCAAACAGUCCUCCCUUUGGCUUGCUCCUUGCUCACGGCACCACCACCAACGACCCGAGCAACCCUCGCUGCCACCAUCGACAGCCGCCACCGCCGCUGCCGCGCCAUCUCCGACCGCCGUCCAACCACUCUUCAUUCUUUCUUUUGGUGGAGAAUUCUCCGUAGGCGACUUUUGAAUUCUUAAAGUGGUCUCGCAUUUUGUUUACACAAGGUCGCGCUUUAGGAUGGCCAACAAUAAUGACCUAGCUGCUGCUAUUCGCCUCUUGGCGGAAAAACUAGCCCAGGAAAGAACUGAGCGCCCCGAUUCUGCAGGGGACAUGUUUGAAAGGUUUGCGAAAGUUAAGCCACCAUACUUCAAGGGGCAAGCAGACCCGACCUUCCUAGAACGCUGGAUUAGGGAGUUUGAAAAACUAUUUUGGGCGGUAAAUUGUCCUGAAAAUAUGAAAGUAGGCCAAGCUGUCCUUUACCUAAAAGAUGAGGCCGAUCUAUGGUGGAAAGAAAAUAGAACUAAGCUAAGUGUUGUUGAAGGAUUUAAUUGGGACUCAUUUGUUGUUGCAUUGAGGGAAAAGUUUUAUCCUCCUUUUAUAACAAAACGAAAAGCGCAGGAAUUCAUAAACCUUGGGAUGGGGAGUAUGACCAUCGCUGAAUAUUAUAGCAAAUUUAUAGCGAUGUCGAGGAUCGCACCUGAAGUUGUAGCCACAGAAGAGAUAAAGGCUCAGAGGUUUGAGCAAGGGUUGACCGAUGAGUUCCAGUUGGGAUUAGGUGGAGAAAUCUUUACCUCUUUAGAUAAUGUGUAUGAGAGAACCGUUCAUAUUUACGGUUUGCAGUCCAUAAGGGACGCGAAAAAUGUUGUUGGGGAGAAAAGAAAAGAGUUUAAUGUCCAGGAAAACCAAGGGAAUUUCAAGAGGAAUAUGAAUGAGAAUAGGAAUGAAAAUGGAAAUGGAAAUUUUCGAGGAGGAAACAGUCAGGGGCACAACAAUAGGAGUAAAUCCGAGAGAGUGUAUCACUGCAAGAGGUGCAACAAUAACCACCCUGGGAAGGACUGUAAAGGAAAAUUGGUGAAUUGCCACUAUUGUCAGAAAAGGGGGCAUAGAGAGUUUGAGUGCUUCAUUAAGCACAGAAAGGAACAAAAUAGUAAUGGAGGUGGGAACCAAGAGAGGUUUAACCAGUCUGGAGAUCAAAAUUCAAAGCCUGGAGGGGCACAAAACAAUCAAGAGAACUAUAAUAAGCCUGCAAAUGAUAACAACAACCAGGAUAAGGCUCCGGGCAAACUAUUCAUGAUGAGUAGAAAUGAAGCUGAACGUUCUGCAGACGUAGUUCAUGGUGGAGAAUUCUCCGUAGGCGACUUUUGAAUUCUUAAAGUGGUCUCGCAUUUUGUUUACACAAGUCUCUAAGGAUCAAUAAGCGUUGCCCAUCUACAGGUUUGAAGAUGAUGCAUCAUUGGGAUCGGGAUUAGAGAGCUUGUAGUUCAUUUGAUUUUCUAAGUUGGAUUUGGUUUGUUUAAGUGGACUCUAAAACUUAUUGAAUUAGUAACAUUAACUUUGUUUUU